UCCAAUGGACAAUUGCUCAACGCUUCAGUUGCAGGGACUGGAGAUGACUACCAAGAGGAAGAUCAUCGGCCGCCUGGUGCCAUGCCGAUGCUUCCGGGGGGAGGAGGAGGUCAUCUCAGUGCUGGACUACUCCCACUGCAGCCUGCAGCAGGUACCCAAGGAGAUCUUCAGCUUCGAACGCACCCUGGAGGAGCUCUACCUGGAUGCCAACCAAAUCGAGGAGCUGCCUAAGCAACUCUUCAACUGUCAGGCCCUCCGGAAGCUGAGUAUUCCUGAUAAUGACCUCUCCAACCUGCCAGCCACCAUCGCUAGCCUUGUAAACCUGAAGGAAUUAGAUAUAAGUAAAAACGGCAUUCAAGAGUUUCCAGACAAUAUCAAGUGCUGUAAAUGUUUAUCAGUUGUAGAGGCCAGUGUAAAUCCCAUAACCAAACUCCCCGAUGGCUUCACCCAGCUCCUCAACCUGACACAGCUCUUCUUAAACGACGCCUUCCUCGAGUACCUACCCGCCAACUUUGGGAGAUUGUCCAAAUUACGCAUCCUGGAACUUCGAGAGAAUCACCUGAAAACCAUGCCAAAGUCAAUUCACAGGCUGUCACAGCUGGAGCGAUUAGACUUGGGAAGCAAUGAAUUCACUGAACUGCCAGAAGUGUUGGAGCAGAUCCAUAACCUGAAAGAGCUGUGGUUGGACAACAAUUCAUUACAGACAAUACCAGGGUCUAUAGGGAAGCUGAGGCAGUUGCGGUAUCUGGACCUGUCUAAGAACAGGAUUGAGAGUCUGGAUGCAGAUAUCUCUGGGUGCGAGUCCCUUGAGGACCUCCUGCUCUCCUCCAACAUGCUGCAACAGCUGCCUGAUACGAUAGGAAUGCUGAAAAAGUUGACAACACUAAAAGUUGAUGACAACCAGCUCACCUCACUGCCUAACACCAUUGGAAGUCCACGCGCCAAAUUAGGUUUAUCACUUUUAGAGGAGUUUGACUGCAGCUGUAAUGAACUGGAGUCCCUGCCCCCAACCAUCGGCUACUUGCACAGUCUCCGAACCUUUGCAGCUGAUGAGAACUUCCUGGCGGAGUUGCCCAGAGAGAUUGGAAACUGCAAGAAUGUGACAGUUAUGUCCUUGCGGUCCAACAAGCUGGAAUUUCUGCCUGAUGAAAUUGGGCAAAUGACAAAGCUACGUGUUCUCAAUCUGAGCGACAACAGGUUGAAGAAUCUUCCCUACACUUUCACUAAACUGAAAGAUCUUGCUGCACUCUGGUUAUCUGACAAUCAGUCCAAGGCCCUCAUCCCCCUCCAAACAGAGGCCCACCCUGAGACUAAGCAGAGGGUCCUCACCAACUACAUGUUCCCUCAGCAGCCUCGGCACGAUGAGGAUUACCAGUCGGACAGCGACAGCUUCAACCCUGCUCUGUGGGAGGAGCAGAGACAGCAGAGGAUGACUGUAGCGUUCGACUUUGAGGACAAGAAGGAAGACGAGGAUAACUCUGCAAAAGUCAAGGUUGAGAUUAAUCUGAAACGAUAUCCCACCCCUUACCCUGAGGACCUGAAGAACAUGGUUAAGUCAGUGCAGAACAUGGUGGGCAAAACCACUCACCCGCUCAGCUCUUCUGGCACCAACUCCUCUGGCACCAACAUGGAGCUCAUCAACAAAGACAAAUAUGAACCCAAGUGGCCCAUUGCACCCAAGGAGGUGACAGACAGAGAGGUUAAAGACUUCUCCAAGCCUCCGAUGCCAGAGCAAGCUGUCAUCAUGAACUCAGCCAUCGACAUCCCAAAGCGAAAGGACAAAGAGGAUCUAAAUGAGAGCUCUGAGAUUUCUUUACAUCGCGUCGUUCCCAAGCCUCAACAGCCAGAGAAUACGAGCCUGGCCGUAACUUCCUCUUCGUGUUUCUGCCUCAUAGAUUCUAUGGGAGGUUCACCUAACGAUAUCCGAAUUUCUGACAUGAGGCCGACUCUGGUGGAGCCCCCUAUGUACAAGCCAAAGGUCGUACUGCUGGGAAAGGACAAAAAAGAAUCCACAGAUGACUCAGACCCAGACAAAAUGCACUGCUUGAACAACAGUGGAUCCUCCGCCACCUACUCCGACUACUCGCCCUCGCAGGGUUCCUCUGGGUCCUCCAACCCCCCUGGCAAUGUCAGUUCCCUGCAGAGUGCUGCCAAAGAGGGCCCGACGCAGACUCACUGGACUAACAGGCUGGCUCAGUCUUUCCCAAAGCCCAUAGAGAGCAAGCCCUUGCUCAGUCAGAGAGAGACGCCCCCCUCUAGCACCCUGCAGCAGCGAGGCGAGAGGCGGCCACUCAGUGACACCUUUGACAGCUGGAAUGAUGCCCCCCACUAUGACAACACAGGGUUUGUAGCGGAGGAGACCCCCCUUGAGACUCCUAGUGGCAGCAGUGGAAACCCCAUGCUAGGCACGAAGCCUCGCAGCGCCUCAACAGCACAUGGGCGACGGCCUCUGAUGAGACAGGAGCGCAUUAUGGGGGUCCCUUUAGAGCUGGAGCAGUCUCCACACACUUUCCGCAACGCUCCAGACACUGAAGUGCCUCCUCCCCCUCCCCCAAACCCCUGGCAGAACUGGACGAGGACUCCCAGCCCUUUCGAGGACCGCACUGCUUUCCCCUCCAAGCUUGAACUCACCCCUGCGAACAGCCCCAACCCUGACCGCAAGGACUUUGAGCAAGAGAUGGGCGAACUACCUGGCACUUUCCCCUCUACAGGAGCCUGGGGCUUCCUGGACUCCAGAGAUUCAGGGACAGAGCAAGGUCAGCCCAACAUCUUCUCACAUGUUCAGGGUCGCAAAGAACCAAAUAAGGGCACCACCAUGGUCAUAAGCAAGAGCUCCGAGAGACUUUCGCCAAUGAUGAAGGAGGUAAAGUCCAAAUUCAAGAAAUCCCAGAGCAUAGAUGAAAUCGAUAUCGGAUCCUACAAAGUGUACAGCAUUCCUUUGGAAAGCUACAGCUCUAGCAUAGAGAAUCAAGGCAGUGUGGACAGAGCAGAUCUCCCAGGACCUCUGGAGCAGAGCAUGUCCAGGAGCCAUUCUGCUCCCAUGCUGGAUGAUGAUCUCGAUGGCUUCGGCAUGAAUAAAAAUUCUCAACAGCAGAAACCUGCUAUCCCGAAGAAGGUUUACCAGUUUGACCAAAGCUUCAACCCUCAAGGAGCCAUGGACGUUGUGAAACCAGAUAGGAGAGUCCCUCCACCAUUCCCCAACACCCCAGAAUAUGUGAAUCAACCAGGCAAGACACUGCCAAAGGAGCUUGUUAGCCCUCGAGGCUACCGCGGCUAUCAGCCAAUGGAGCAAAUGUUUUCGUUUUCUCAGCCAUCGGUCACUGAAGACGCAAUUACUCCACAGUUUUCUGCCCAGCCCCAGCGCUCUCGUCCAGGCUUUCUGCGAAGAGCAGACUCCCUGGUAAGUUCUACGGAGAUGGCACUGUUCCGCAGGGUAGCAGAAGCCCAGGAACACCAAAUGGCAGAGCACUACAACAGGCCUCAACAGCUCAAAGGCAUGCUGGAACAUCAGAACAGCCUGUCCACCAUGGUGGACACUCAGUUUCACAAGAGGAACGGUAGGUAUGAAGAGGAAUACUCAUCUUAUCAAGAACCUAAAAAGCCCAUUAUGGGAUACCCCACCAAAAGUCUGACGCAACGGCGCCCCCUGUCGGCCCGGAGCUACAGCACAGAGACAUAUGGGGCAUCUCAGGCUCGCCCAGUGUCUGCACGGCCCACCAUGGCUGCCCUGCUGGAGAAAAUGCCUUCAGAUUAUAAUCUUAGUACAUGCACUGAGAAGAGCCCUGACGCUGACACAAAGCUGAGACCAGUACCCCAGAAACCAGAGGACCCGACCUCCAAAAUGCCAGUGGACUGGAGACAACAGCUCCUACGACACAUAGAGGCAAAAAGACUAGACCGGAGCGCUGUCCUUAAGCACAACACAGUAAACUUCGGCAUGCUGUACUCUGGAGGCUAUGCUGCACCGCAUGCCAGCAGAAGCAUGACAAUAAACUUUUACAAUAACACAAAGCAUGAAAACCAAACAACUCAGUGGCUACCUCUACCAAAUACACCUUCACAACAGAGCAAUAUUUUAGAUAAUGGCCAAGAGGUGGUCUCUCCAACUCAGUGGGCCCCCUACUCACUGGGACGAAGAGAUGUACCUCCAGAGAACCUGAAUAUGAUCAAAAAGGCUGCUGUCCAACACCCUCACCAACAGCAGGGCAUGAUGGUGACCUCAGCCUCGGCCACCCCACCCCACCGAGCCGCCCGAGACCAGCAGUACGAGGGAGCCAUGAACAAGGUGUCCAUUCAGCAGUACCAGUCUCCUCUACCCAUGCCCAUCACGAGCACCAGUCCCAGGCCUCAGAGCGCCCGCUGCUUCAUCCAGACUAAAGGCCAGAAGAGCAUGGACGGCUAUCAGGAGCAGUUCUGUGUUCGGAUUGAGAAAAAUCCUGGCCUUGGUUUCAGCAUCUCAGGGGGAAUCAGUGGGCAGGGAAACCCCUUCAAGCCCUCGGACAUGGGUAUCUUUGUUACUAGGGUACAGCCUGAUGGACCCGCCUCCAAUGUUCUUCGACCGGGGGACAAAAUUCUGAAGGCCAAUGGACAUAGUUUUUUACACAUCGAACACGAAACGGCAGUGUCUCUUCUGAAGAGUUUCCCGAAAGCUGUGGACUUGGUCGUUUUAAGGGAGAGCACAAUGUAAAUAUUUUUAUAACACUGACUUCUUGCUCAAAAAAGGAAAAAAAAUGGAACACAGGAACUUGUACAUCAUGUUUUUAUCUAGGAACAGUUUUGCCAAUUGCUGGACCAAUGGCAAAAUACUAGUGCCAAAUGUACAAUAGAGAACCUAAUCUAAUAAUGUGACAUAUGGCUUAUACGUAUACAUAUGUGCUGAAAUCUUACACUGGUGUGGUUGGAAUUCCUUUCUAUCUCUCAGCCUGUGGCUGUAGGUGGGUGCGUUUUUCUGCUUAUUUAUAUUGCCUAUUAUUUUGUACCUAUUUUUCCAAGCAGCUUUUCAUUUUAACCUUGGAGCAUGAAAGCACAUCCGCUUUUAAGGACAUUUGUUCAUCAUGACACUGCCUCAACUCUGUAAAUGCCUUGUGUAAAUAUAUACAUUUACUAGUAAAAUGUAACGUGGUUGGAGAGGAGAAUGUGAUCGAGAUGGUUUUCUGAUAUUAUUCCAAUUUUUUUGUAAUAUUUAGAAAGAUUUCUUAUUUUACCCCUUCACUCCAUUUCAACAAAUUUUUAAACGUUUUAUUAAGCAGGCCUCUACUACCGCAUUGGGUGUGGUGUUGGAUUGUGGCUCUUGUAAGAGUUUUGCACAAAUCAAACGGCAGAAAAGAAUCCAAAAGCAGUAGUAGUCCUGCUAUUACUUUUCUGCAGCGCCCUCUGUUGGUCAGUGUGGAGGUUGAUAAUACAGAGAAAUUCCCUCCUCUUCAUUUCGGACAGGGUAAAACACAUCACCACUGAUUUGAACAUGAGCAUUUUCAUGUUUUUAUGAGUUUUAACCUGACAUGUAUCCACCAGGGGUAAAAGCCAUUAAUUUCACAGAUUUUUUAGUCUGUAUGUUCAUUUCUUAGGUUAUACAAAGGGAUUUUCAUAUCAUUUCUUUCAGUGCUUUGUUGAUGUUCUCCUGCUUUAAGGUUUUUUAAUCACCAUCUACUAUGAACAAAGGAAUUCCCAUCAUUACAUUAUAGAUAUCCACAGAGAGCUUUAAUGUUUAGAGCAUGCUUUCACUUUUUAAAGUUGUCUAAUUAAGAAAGUUAUUAGGGGACAUUGUGUUUUUUUAUUGAAUGUUCAGUUGCUUUACGUCACUUGGAAGUAUUAUUAUUAUUAUUUUUAUUUAUUUUUUUAUUUAAUAAUCAGUGCAGACUCCACCUGGAAAUAAAUCAUUGUGAUGAAUGGUACCAUAGUGUACCAUAACAAAUACAUUGCCUGUAUGCCCUGGGCAUGUCCAAAAUAAUGUAUACAAAUGUAGCAUUCGGUGGUUUUGAGCAAAACUAAGAGUGAGAGCCCCCCACCUCGCCCCCUUCCUCACCCCCAACUCCAACCCCAACCAUGUUUUACUUCAAAAAGAAAUUUAGUUAUAUAACAAGCUGAAGUUUGGAUGACAACUAAUUGAUAAAAUACUAUUGUGACAGAGCAUUUGAUAAUAUGAUUAUUUUUACUAAAUGUUUUCAGUAAUUAUUUCUAAUAUAUUGAUAUACUUAGCUUUGCUCAAAUUGUGAGAUUUUAUAAAGAUACAAAAACUGUACGGAAAAGAGUAUUUAGAACACGAGAGAACACUCUAGAAACAAACUUAAAAACUAUUUCUACAGUAAUUGUGAAUUUGUGUCAAACAUAUAUGUAUAUGGAUAUACAGAUGGUCAUUUUUGUAUGUGUUUAAAAUCCUAUUGAAUAUAAAAUCCAAUAUAUGGUACUAUUCAGUCUAAUUGCAGUAUUGAUGUACAUAAUUGUGAAUGAAAACAUUUAAAUAAUUUAUUCCUAUAGAUUGUGAAUGUACUCAAAGCUUUCUGCAGUAUGAAGACUUACUGGACUUGAAUGCUGUUUCAUUUUUUUGUGCAAAAAGUAAUUAUAUAUAGAAUAAUACAAUUAUUCCGUUUAGUUAAACAGAUUAAGUGACAAUUUAUCAUACAGUUUAUUUGCACACGCAAGUUUACUUCUUCCUAUUAUUUUUUUUCCUGAAUUAACACUAUGUAAUUGAUGAAAUAUUAUAUUCUGUGUCUAGAAUGCAUUUUGCAGAUGCUAUCUGUACAUAUUUAAGAUAAAUUUUAAUAAUAAAAAAGCAAAAUAUAAAAAAUUUCAAAGCUGUGCAGCAAAUAACGGAGCCAUUUUCGGCUUUGAGAGUACAGAUUUUUUUCAGUAUUUAAGAGGUGUUUUGAAUAAUGUAUGAAAGUCUUUAUUGUACAAAUAAAAAGUCACUAUUGUUA